GUAUUUGGGAAGCUAACAAUUUAUGAAAAAUGGAAGCGUAGAUUUUUCGGCGUAAUGUUCAGAUCGGUACGGAAAUACAUCCACCCAUAGACAGACGCCUCUAUACAAAAAAUCAUUUUCCAACACUAUAACAAUUACCCCGUUGCGAAAGCGAUUCAUUUUCAGCUAUUAAUCUCUGAAACACGAACAAGAAAACCGUUCAACAAUGGAUGUCGAUCCGAGACAGUACGAGAACAUUAAAAUCAAUGACAACGACACCCACAAUAUCAUCUUAUCAUAUCUCAUACACGGUUGCUAUAAAGACACAGUGGAAUCACUAAUCACUUCCACUGGACUAAAAGUAUCCCCUCCUCAGCUUGAGAAUAUGGAAAAAAGAAAACGAAUCUUACACUCUGCAUUACAAGGCAAUGCAUUGGAUGCCAUUGCUUUGACAGAACAGAUCUCACCUGACCUACUUGAAAACAACAAAGACUUGUUUUUUGACCUUUUGAGUCUUCACUUUGUUGAACUUAUAUGCUCAAAAAAAUGCACAGAAGCUCUUGAAUUCGCUCAAGCCAAAUUGACCCCUUUUGGGAAGGUGUCAAAAUAUGUUCAGAAGCUCGAAGAUUUUAUGGCUUUAUUAGCUUAUGAAGAACCUGAAAAAUCACCAAUGUUUCAUCUUCUUAGCUUUGAGUAUCGACAACAUGUUGCAGACAGCUUGAACCGAGCAAUUCUUGCACAUGGAAAGCUGCCAAGUUAUUCAGAACUAGAAAGGCUAAUACAACAGGCAACUGUAGUUAGACAAUGCUUGAGUGAAGAGCUUGGAAAGGAUGUACAGUCAGCAUUCUCUUUAAAGGAAUUUGUGAAAAGCUAGAUGGAGAUAUAAAAUUUAUAUUUGUUUCAUCAAGAUGAAUUACAAAGCUGUUUUUCAGUUUGAUGUGUGCCACGGUUUGGAAUGUUGUAGUAGUUGAGAAUGGAGACUUGAGAUGACCUCCCUUAAGGCUUUUAAGCACCCAGGGCAACUUAUGUAUAAAACGGUGUAGUUUUGGUGUUGUAUUUGGGCUUGAAACUUUUAAUACUCUCUCUCUCUUUCUCAUAAAUACUUGAAGUUGUGACAAGGGUUGGUAAUGUAAAGAUCCAUUUGUAAGAAAGUGCAUGUAUUUGGGGUUUUUAAUGUGGAUCAUGUUUUAUUCUUUU